AAUUACAGGAGCUUAGCGUGCUUACGAGCUGCCAUUUUGACGAGCUGGUGGCUGUCGUUCCUGAGAGCCGCUCGGAGGAGGUGGAAUGCAGGGUGAUAAUGCUGCAUAUCUGCUGUCAGGCAGCGGAGCAGGGUUUUGUCUUGUAAAGGCAAGGUUCCUCUGCAAUGUUAUCUCGGCGGCUCGCUAGCCGCUCCGAGUGAAAGCCGGUAAUCCAGGAGCAGGGUGUUGCCCUUCCUUGUGCUGCUCCUGCCUGCCUCGGCUGCGGGCGGCGGGCGCUACGGAGAGGGCAGGUGUGCGGCUCGACGGGCGCUGCUGGGGCUGGGCGGAAGCCCCUUCCCAGCCUUACGUGCCGCUGGCUAGCGGGCUGGCUAAGGAGCUUCUGCCCCUGGACUCUUCCACAAAAGGAAGCUGCUGUGCAUCUCGGCUUGUGCGAGAGAGAUUUGUGUGUGAGUUAAAUUAAUUUCUUGAGAGAAACCUUCAUAAAGGGCUAAAUAAACAAGCUCUGCGUGUACAGAAAGUUCUCAUUCCGCACUUGAGACUCAGCUAAACUCAUCUGUCUGGACAUCUGAAGACUUUUAUAGCAAAUCCUCCAGUGUCAAAAUGAACACAGAUAGCGGUGGGUGUGCUGGCAAACGUGCUGCAAUGUCUGUCACAUUAACAGCUGUGAAGAGAGUUCAGAGUUCUCCAAACCUAUUGGCCUCAGGGUCCGAUUCUCAGUCUCCAGAUUCAGCCUGGAGAUCUUACAAUGAUGGAAGUAGAGAGACAUUGAAUGGAGAUGCUGGCAGUUCAUCUCUUACAGCAAAAGGGUUUAGGAGCGUGCGGCCAAAUCUACAGGAUAAAAAAUCACCAACUCAGGCACCUCUGCCACCCCCUAGGAAAGAAAGUUUUUGGAAAGCAAGAGUAACUAACCACAAGAAUGAAAUUAAUCUCCAGGCAGUAACAGCUGACCCAGCUAAAAACCUUCCCACAGAUACUGCCUAUUGCACUCACGAGAAGUCUGUCCAGAAGACAAUGUCUUCUCAAAUAUCUAACACUAGCGUGUCCUAUGCACAAAAAAUCUCUAAACCACUGACUUCAAUCUCCAGUGCAGGCACAGUAGCUGGUAUUAGUACUACUCUCCAUCAAGGCCAAAGGCAACAGUCUCAAAAACGUAGGGUGUCCGCCCUGAAAUUAACCCGUACACAUGACCCGGCGAGUAGCGUUCAUUGCAAUAGACAGCAACAGCUCAAGCCUGUUGAAGUGCCAGAAUUUCCACAAAGGCCUAUCUCACCUGCCUGUAACCCCGUGCUGGAGGUACACACAGCGUCUCUUUCCAUUCAGAUAGCUCCUAUCCCUGACAAUAAAGCAGAGCCUGAAAAACAAGAACAUCCACCUAGUAUUUCUCCAGACACUUCAAAGAUGUCUUCAAAGGAUUUGGGACAAAAGUCUACAGUUCCUCCUUCUUCACAGGCUGCAGAAUGCCAUGUGGCUCAGAUCACAGUGAAUGGGAGCUCUGGCACUGCUGCCAGCCCAGUGAGUCACUUUCAAAGGCCUUUUUCCCCUUCUUCAGCUUACCCUCCACCAGCUUCGCUCAAUUCCAACAUUGUUAUCAUGCAGCAUGGCCGGAUGAUGGAGUCCACAGAGACAUACUCACAGCAUGUUCAGACUGUUGGCAGCACCACCACCACCAGUACAAUACCAAUCUGUAGAUCCUCAGAAGAAGAAAAAAAAAUUACAGUCAUUAAAGCCCCACAUUAUGCAGGGAUUGGCCCGGUGGAUGAAUCUGGAAUCCCUACAGCAAUUAGAACGACAGUUGACAGGCCGAAAGACUGGUACAAGACAAUGUUCAAGCAAAUCCAUAUGGUUCAUAAGCCUGAUGACGACACAGACAUGUAUAAUACUGCAUAUGCAUACAGUACUGGUAGCUACAGUCCAUCCUUCUCUGCUCAGGCACACCCAGCUGCAAAGACUCAGACAUACAGACCAUUGUCUAAAAGUGCUUCUGACAGUAGCUCUGAUGCCUUUAAGGUCUCAUCCCCUUUACCACCUCCACAUGUGCCACCUCCACCACCACACCGUCUGAGGCAAAGGUCUACACCAGAAAAAAAUGACUGGGAUCCCCCUGACAGAAAGGUAGAUACUCGCAAGUUCCGUUCCGAACCAAGGAGCAUUUUUGAAUAUGAGCCGGGAAAGUCAUCAAUCCUUGAACAUGAGAGACCGACUGGUCGCAUAAACCCAGAUGACAUAGAUUUAGAAAAUGAACCCUGGUAUAAAUUCUUUUCAGAAAUGGAGUUUGGAUGUCCGACUUCCUUAUAUCAUCACUAUUCAACAGACAAAGGCCUGGAUAGGCCCUCUAGUUCUGCAAGUACUGCAAGUGACUACAGAAAAAGAAGGAAGUCGGAACCUGCUGUAAGUCAUCAGAAUGCAAACAGGCCUAGCCUGGGCCGUACAGAUAUGCAAAGCCCAUCUACCACCCUUAGAAAGCCUUUAACUAGCUCGUCUCCUUCUUCUCCAUCAAGAGCAAAAGGUGGGGAUAUUAGCAAAGUGUAUCCAUCCCUUUUAAGUUAUUCAGUGCACAACCACAACACCUCAAAUGAAUUAGAUUACUGUAGCACUUACAGACAACAUUUAGCUGUUCCAAAUGAUUCAAGAAGGGCAAUCAGCUACAAGAAUGGCUGGCAAAUGAGUCGUCAAAAUGCAGAAGUCUGGAGCAGCACAGAAGAAACUGCUUCUCCAAAAAGAAAAUCUCGUAGCUAUGAUGAUCUGUUAACAGAUGAUCGCGAUAGCUUUCCUGAUGCACAGGCUAAGUCUGAAAGCAUGGGCUCUCUCUUAUGUGAGGACUCCAAAGAAGUUUGCUCCAUGAACUGGGUCUCCCCAUAUGUUGAGGGCCAUGGUAAUAGCAGGCCAAGGGUUCGUCACAGAUCUGCACAUGAUGCACCAGGUUUCCUAAAAAUGUACAAAAAGAUGCACCGCAUCAAUCGCAAGGACUUGAUGAAUUCUGAGGUGAUUUGUUCUGUGAAGUCCAGAAUACUGCAGUAUGAAAAAGAACAGCACAAAGCUAUUCUUCAAGGCUGGAGAGAGUCUUCUACUGAAGAGGUUCCCAGAGACAUGGUGCCAACCAGAAUAUCUGAAUUUGAAAAAUUAAUUCAGAAGUCAAAAUCAAUGCCGAACCUCGGUGAUGAAAUGUUGUCAACGGUUACACUAGAGCCUCCUAAAAAUGGCUUAUGUCCAAAGAGGCGGUUUUCUAUCGAAUCCUUGCUAGAAGAAGAAAAUCAAGGCAGACAUCCUUCUCAGGUACAACGGAGCUACAAGUGUAAAACCCUGGUGCCAAUUCAUAUUGAAGUGACUAGUGAUGAGCCACAACGAUCGCAUAUGGAUUUUUCUGACAGUGAUCAAGAUGGAGUGGUUUCUGAUGUCAGUGACUUUAUCCAGAUAGAGGGGUCAUCCUUUUGUAGUGAAAGUGACUUUGAUCACUUUUCCUUCACAUCAUCUGAAAGCUUUUAUGGAUCAGGCCAUCACCAUCACCACCACCACCACAGGCAUCUUGUCAGCUCCUGCAAAGGACGAUGCCCAGCGUCCUACACGCGCUUCACCACCAUGUUAAAACAUGAAAGGGCUAAACAAGAAACCACUGAAGAUACAAGGAGACAGGAAACAGAAUCUGGCCUCUCUAAGAUAGCAUUCCUAGUCAGUCCCGUGCCUUUCCGCAGGAAAAAAAGUGCAGCUCCUAAAAAACAAACUGAAAAGAAAAAAUGCAAGUCAUCUGUAUUUGAAGCACUAGAUUCUGCACUAAAAGACAUCUGUGACCAAAUUAAAGCUGAAAAAAGAAGGGGAAGCUUGCCUGACAACAGCAUACUACAUAGACUUAUUACUGAGCUGCUUCCUGACAUUCCAGAAAGGAAUUCAUCUCUUAAAGCUCUGAAAAAGAAUCCCAUGCACCAGCUUUUUCAUCCACUGCCUCAAGAUGGUGCUAUCCAUUGCCCACUGUACCAGAAUGAUUGUGGAAGAUUACCUCUUAGUGCCUCUUUUCCAGACAUGGAUGCAACUAACAACAACGAUAGUGCACUGUGUUUCCAAGUAGACCAGGAGUCUCCUGGAAGCUAUUCUUCUGCUUUCACUGAUGUGGGACGAUGUACUCCAAGGGAGAGAAGAGGAACUGCAGACAAAGAGAAACUGCCAGCUCGAGCUGUAUAUGACUUUAAAGCUCAGACUUCUAAAGAGCUGUCCUUUAAGAAAGGAGAUACUGUCUAUAUCCUCAGGAAAAUUGAUCAAAACUGGUAUGAGGGUGAGCACCAUGGAAGAGUCGGAAUAUUCCCUAUUUCGUAUGUCGAGAAACUUUCUCCCCCAGAAAAAGCACAACCUGCCCGGCCACCUCCCCCUGCACAGAUUGGAGAGAUUGGAGAAGCUAUUGCCAAAUACAAUUUCAGUGCAGACACAAAUGUGGAGUUAUCACUCAGAAAGGGAGACAGAGUAAUUCUUCUUAAACGAGUGGAUCAAAACUGGUAUGAAGGUAAAAUACCUGGAACCAACAGACAAGGCAUCUUCCCUGUUUCCUAUGUAGAAGUCAUCAAAAAGAAUGCAUCAAAAAGUGUCGAUGACUACCCUGACCCUCCAAUACCCCAAAGCUAUUCUAGUGACAGAAUACACCACUUAAGUUCAACUAAGAUUUAUUGGAUGUUAGUGCCACAGCGCCCUGUCCUUGCUCAUGAAAACAUACACAGUGGGGGGGAACCGUUUCAGGCUCUAUAUAACUAUACUCCUAGGAACGAAGAUGAAUUGGAGCUCAGAGAGGGAGAUGUCAUUGAUGUGAUGGAAAAAUGUGAUGAUGGAUGGUUUGUGGGAACUUCAAGAAGAACCAAAUUCUUUGGUACUUUCCCUGGGAACUAUGUCAAGAGGCUGUGAAUUUUUUUCCCUACUUAUUUAUGCUGCAUCUCUGCAACACAUCUGCAUAAAGCUGCCAGAAAACAUGCUACGCUGCCCUUCUGUUUUCUUGCUUGCAGUCUCAGAUAGAGGCCAUCUAGUUCAUCCUCAUCCCAUCCCACCUGCCAAACCGUUCCAGCAGUAUUACAGCAACAACCACGAUGUGAAUAACUAAGCUUUUCUGAAACAAGAGGAAUCGUUUCAACAUUUAAAUACUCCCUGCUUUAAAGUCUUUUCAUUUGAAACACAAUAGGAACAGCCUGAUGACAGGUACACAGGUGAAUUGGGGGGGUGGGGGGGCAGUGGGCGGGAGAAGAAACUGGUUUUGGCUUGGGCAUUUGUGGUACUAUCACGAAGCCUGGUGGGAUUUUUUUCAGCAUGCAUGUAAUACAGGGGGAAGUUGCUGUCUACUGUUUUUUUUUUAAAAGUUUGAGUUUCCACAUUCUUAUUAGCUUGGCAGCAUUUGUUGCUUUCACUUUGCCGUAUCACAGGUUUGCCUAUUGUACUGGUUUACAGUGUAUGACAAAUUAUAAUAUAGAAUUUUUGCCUGCACUUGUAUGUUGUAACAUAUGCACAGUGAUUGUAAAAUCUCAAGCAAGCGUAGUGAAACAUGAAAGAACUGCAAGUGUUUUGAACGGGUGCAACAGUAUUGGCUAAACCUUUUUUUAAACAUUUUUUUCUUUCCCUUAUUAAGCUGUAGUGUUUUCUGUUGAAAGGUAAGAAGUGCAAGAGGCAUAAAAUCUUGGGAAGGAGGACUCGAUGAAGAAGAGAUAGACAAUGAUAUAAGCAUAGACAAUAAUAACCUGCUAUUGAGGUCUGAGAUUAAGUGGUUGUAAUGAAAAAGUUGUAAUAGUGAGCAACAUGAAAUAUGAGAGGUUAGUGUUUUUACAUAUCACAGGAAUUUUAAGAAGCAGGAGGUAAACUGUGUUAGUGCAAAGGGUUGUUGGUUGGGGUUUUUUUUCUUUAACAUAGCCACCUGAAAAAUAUUCACGAGUAUCACAUACUGAUUUGCUUCACUAUAUAUAUAGAUACGUAUGUUAAGGGAAUCUGAGUUACACAUUCUUUUUAGGAAUUUAGUACAGGAAAAAAAAAAAGUCAUGUAUUAAAACUGAUACAUUUUAGAGGGUGGUGUUUUGUUUUUUCCUGAAUGAAACAAGUAUUUCAAGAGAUACAUUUUCCAUAAGCAAAAGUAAGCUUAAAUAGUGAAUGAAAUUAAGGCACAGGAUGAUAAUUACUAUGGCUUCAUAAAAAUAAAAAUUCAGAUUUGGUUUCUUCAGCACCUUAUAGAUGGCAAAAGCUUCUACUGCAUUUCUCAAGGGUAAAGGAUUGAAAUUAUCAAAAUGUAUGUAGUCUCUGUAGCAUUUUGUACAUAUGUUUGCUUUUUUGUACAGAGCCAUUUGGUUGUUGAUUUAAAAAAAAAAAUUAAAAGUUACUUAUUUGAUCUUUGCCCUCUUCACAUACAGAACAUUUCAAUGCAUAUUUCUUUUCUUGCUCUAUUUACCAUAAGCACAUCUGGAUAGUGCAAUUCUGUAAGAUAGCAUUUUAUGCAAAAUUUUAUUAAUUAAAAUAUGGUUUACCAGCCAAAUCUAAAUGUACAUAUGUCUUUAUUACUGAGAAAUGUCGAUAAGACAAAGGUAAAGAAACAUCUUUGUGCAGCAUACCUUUAUUAUUGCAGAUUUCAUGGCAAAAGCUUUAUAUUCAAAGGCUUUCGAUUUUAAACUAGAUCUGCAUGCAGCUUUGCUGUGAGAUUAAUACCUAUCUUUGAUGCCGUUUAUUAUUGAAUACUUAAAUAUCGUUGCCUGUGAUAUUUAAAAAGUACUGUUUCUACUCUGUAACUGAUUUUAGAAAAAUACAAGUUUUUCAUACCUGGCUUUCAGGUAACUGACUGAAUUCCUACAAGCAAAAGGUCUCUGUGUUUUUUUUUUUCCUUGAAUAGACUUCUAAUAAAUUUUGCUUGGAGUACAAAA